UGCACGAGCCGCCGCGAGCCAGUUAGGAACAAAACACGAGAGAGGUGGGAGGUGUGUCAGUGCUCUGUGUCUUAUCUUGUCACGAUGAAGAUUUAUGGUGCACUCGUCAUUGCAGGGUUAUGUGGAGUGUGUCUGGGUGCCGGUGGCGGUGUGUCAACAGGUGGCAGUAGUGGAGGAGGAUCAGUCACCGAGACAGAAGAGACUCGCCUAUUCGUGAAUGGUCGCCCUUUGUCUCUGACCUGCACAUACAACGUCACAAACCUUCCCACUUCAUGGACAAAGGAUGGAACAGAAAUUGUUGAAAGCGAACACAUCAAAUUGUUUCCCAACACCACACUUCACAUCACCAGCACUGAAGAGGGUGACAUUGGAGAAUACACCUGUAAACAUGGCAGUAUGCUAGAACCCAAGACUUUCAAUGUUGUUGCAUUGUCUCUCCAAAAGCGAUUACCGAAGUCAACAACUGUUUUGGAAAAUGAUAAACUGUCACUUACCUGUCAAGUAGAUGGUAAACCUCAUCCUACUAUACAGUGGCUGAAAGAUGGUGAACCAGCUCAGGAGUCUGUAAAUUCAUCCAGGCUUGUACUUUCUGAAAAUGAAGCAGGAAUUUCUAAUGGGAGCCUCCUCAUUAAUCCAGUUUUGAAGAGUGAUAGUGGGAAUUACAUUUGCCUCAUUUCUCAGUAUUCUAUUCAACUCAACACCACAACUGAAGUGAGAGUCAAAGAUAUCUAUGCAGCCUUAUGGCCUUUCCUGGGCAUAGUAGCAGAGGUGGUUAUCUUAUGUACCAUCAUUUACAUCCAUGAAAGGCGCCGUAUCAGGAAAAAUUUGGAAGAGGCAGAUAUUGACAACAAAGCGACUGAACAGAAAAUCAAGGAAGAAAACAAGGAGAAUGAUGUGAGGCAAAGGAAGUGAUAUGGGAUAUAAUUACCUCUUCAUACAGAUUCUAUUGAAGAAAAGUAUUGUAUGUAGUAAUGAAAUAAAUGUUGCCUGGAUUUUUCAGAUCAUUCUGAAUUAAUUUAAAAAAAUAUUAAAAGUAUUUCCCUGUACAAACACAUUUGUACAUUUUUUUCUUAUUGUUUAUACAACAGAUAUAUUACUGAUUUAUGGAUAUUUUGUUCAAUAUAACAAAUAACUUUUAUAUCAACAGAUGAGUAUGUUGUCAUAUAUGACACUAUGUAUAUCAGUUUCUUUUGGAUGUUGCUAUAAACAGUAGUUAGGGAAGGGCAUACUGUUUCUAAUCACUUUAUAUAGGCAGUGCCUUUAUUACAGGGGUAGAUAUAUGUUAUUUUCUGAAUGUAAACUUUUCUUCAAAACAUUUUUAUAGACCAAUUUUGUCAGUUUUCUUGAUAAAUUUUUUUCAGUAGUGAUAUGUAAAUAUUGGCAGUAAACUACUGUGUAAUGGUUUAUAAGCUCAUAAGAUGAUAAUCUACAUUAUUCAAGUGUAACAAUUCAAUAGCAUUUGAAAAAUGUGCAUGAUAGUUUUUUUUCCAUUCAAAUCAGGACUAUAUUCAGCAGUUCUUAGUCACAGUAUCAUAGCAUUUUUGGAUGAACUUCUGGACAAUAGAUAGAUCUAUAAUUUAUAAUUAAUUUAUAUUCCAUAAAAAAUACUGUGUCUGCUCUACAAAGAAUAAAUAUUACAAUAUAUACAUACAUUUAUGAUGUAUUUACACGAGGAAA